ACGCGUACUCGGCGAGGCUCGCCGCCAGCCAGCCUUUCUCCCGUCGUCCUUGGCGUGAGGAGAGGUACGAAGCGCGUGCUUAGCGUCUUGCUGCUGCUCGUAGUUCUCUCUCUUUACCCUUCUUCGAAGAUGAGGAGGCCGGCCAUCGUUUCUUCCUGAUUGUGGCGCGUUGGGCAGUCAGUUGGGACCCGCCAGUACUUUAGAUUUUCUCUGCAAUACAGUGGAUACAAUUUGUUAUGGCUACUCUGAGUGUUAUAGGUUCAAGUUCACUUAUUGCCUCUGCUGUAUUCCAGAAUAUACAGAAAUCUCCUGAGAUAAGACCACUCUUUUAUAUGAGCUUUUCUGACCUCCUCCUGGGGAUAUGCCGGCUCAUUGAGGCACUUCUCUAUGGAACUUCAGCAGCCAAUAAGGACAUUGUUUGCUAUAACCUGCAAGCAGUUGGACAGAUAUUCUACAUUUCCUCAUCUUUUUACACCGUCAAUUACAUCUGGUAUCUGUACAAAGAGCUGAGGAUGAGACACAACCAGAGUGGACAGAACACAUUUGCACUGGUUGUAGAUUAUACUUGUCAUGUUGGUCAAAUAGCCAUCAUUUUGUCAAGCCUGAUACCUCUGCUGUUGAUGAUACCUGUAUUCUGUUUGGGCAAUGUCAGUGAAUGUUUCCUCAACUUCAGUCAGAGCCACAGGUGUAUUCUGAUGUAUUCACCACCAUCAGCCAUGGCUGAACUGCCUUCUGUCAACACAUCAGUCUGUACCACACUUUAUUUUUAUGGGAUCACCAUUUUCCUGACCAGCUUUCUCCUCAGCCUCCUUGCUAUUGCGGUCUUACUCAUCCAAACCCAGACCCUAUAUAAGAAGUUUGUGAAAUCGACUGGCUUUCUGGGGACCGAACAGUGGGCAGUGAUUCACAUCAUGGAACAGCGAGUGCGCUUCUAUCCAGUGGCCUUCUUUUGCUGCUGGGGCCCAGCCAUCGUUCUGAUAAUCAUGAAGUUGACUAAGCCACAGAACACGAAGCUUCACAUGGCCCUCUGUGUUCUCCAGGCUCUAACAGCAUCAUCCCAGGGUCUGCUCAACUGUGGAAUAUAUGGCUGGACACAGUACAAGUUCUACCAACUAAAGCAAGAGGCUCGGCGUGAUGCAGACACCCAAACACCAUUAUUAUGCUCACAGAAGAGAUUCUAUAGCAGGGGCCUAGAUACAGUGGAGUCUACCCUUGCUUUUGCUACCAGCCCUCCACCAUUCUUUGAAACUGUAAUACUGGAACAUCCAGGAACCGGAGUUACUCCACACUAAUGGAUUGGGAAGAGUGUUGGGGAACAUCUCCAGUCUUUUCCAACCAUGCCUUGAACAAUGGAAGGGAAAGAGGAUGUAGUGCGUGGUUAGUGGCUUUUCUCAUUGAAUUGGGCAGGAUCUCUCCAGUAUUCUCAGAUUCACUUGUGAUUCUCAAAGUCUUAUUCAGAGAGGUGAAGCCACUGUCCUAUGAAAUAGACUCCUAUUACCUCAGUGAAUAUUAGAUUUGUUUAAAUCUCUUGUAGAUAAAUUCUAGGUUAUUAUGUAUA